GCGAGUAUCCUGAAUCAGAGCCAAGCCAGUGCUUAACCGAGCUUAUCCAUUACAUUAGCCCCAGCAUAAAUUGCUUGCGCUGGCCUCCAACCGAGGUUGGGUCCAAGCCUCCCGAGACCCAGGCGUGCCGAUAUCCGAUCUCACCACUCCCGGGAUUUUGAACAUGGACGCAACACAAGCAAAACUGGGUAUCAGAUAAUGCCAGGCUCGUAUGUAGUAUGGAAUGUCUUUUUCAGUAUACGGCAUGGAGUCCUUUUAUAUAUAUAAAUUCAUAGCUAAAAGCAUGUUUUGUCAGGUUUUUGGUGAGUGGCAACUCGGAGUUCCAACAGCAGAGUGGGUCGGGAUGCCACACGGAAUGCUCCGUUUUUUUAGCGUCUUUUCUUUAGUCUGUGGUUUCAGCGCAGGCGAUAGAAUUUUAGUGAUAAAUGAGUGGUCGGCCGCAUUCAUUCUGCUUAUCGGUGUUAUUUUGUUCACUGGCUUGCCAUGUGCACUGUCGUUCGUUGUUGAUACCCUUUUAAUAUUCCUGGCUGUGCCAGGCCAUAUCCCUCAUGAGAAACACGCUUCAAAAAGCUUCACCAAACUAAAGUAAUAGAAAAGAUUCCCAUUAAGCCAUCUACCAAAUGGAGGACGCCCUCACCAAAGGCCCGCUCCCACCAGGGGUAUACCGGUCCAAAAUCCCCUUCUGGCGCCUCCUCACCGACCAAGCAGCCAUCACACAAGAAGUCCUGGAAUACGACUUCCCCGGCAACGGGACCGAAGAUGACCCGUACGUGGUAUCUUGGAUCCCGAACGACAACCGCAACCCGAUGCUCUUCGGCCUGGGCCGCAAAGUCGCCAUCACUCUCAUCGUAGCUUCCUGCACGCUGACUGUCUCCCUCACCUCCUCUGUAUACAGCGGCAGCGUCAGCGAAAUCACUGCUUACUUCAACGUCAGUGAUGAAGUCGCGACAAUCGGCCUUUCCCUUUUCGUUCUCGGCUUCGCCGUCGGUCCCCUCCUCUGGGCCCCCUUCAGCGAAGUCUUCGGCCGCCAACUCCCCUUCUUCUUCAGCUGCAUGGGCAUGGCCGCGUUCUCAGCCGGCUGCGCCGGCGCCCAGAACAUCUGGACGCUGUGCAUUCUGCGGUUCUUCGCCGGCGCGUUCGGCUCCGCUCCUUUCACGAACGCAGGCGGUACCAUCUCCGAUAUGUUCACGGCGCGCCAGCGCGGUCUAGCACUAAGUUUGUACGCCGCUGCGCCAUUCCUCGGCCCCGCGAUCGGACCCAUCAUCGGUGGGUUUCUGGGCAUGCGCGCUGGAUGGCGCUGGGUGGAGGGGUUCCU